AUGUGGAGAGAACAAAACGGCUGGGUGCCAAGGUCCUUGAAGCCCUCACAGACUGCCCUGAUCUGCUUUGAAGACAAGAACGAGAUGGCUAUGUGGAGCCUGGAUCAAGGCAGAGGCAAGGCGCUGACGCACGGCCAAGGCAAAAAGAUCAGCCGAUCUCUCCAGGCAUUGACCGACCUCAACGUGGAGAACAAGGAUGAUGUGGUGUGGAAGCUAGUUUCACCAGAGUUUGACGUGAGUGUUUUUCAAUGUUCAGACGAGGCGAUGGCCACUUUGGAUCCGUCUUGUCAAUCUUCACUAUGGGACUCCUUGAGGAAAAGCUCUCCGAGACGGCUUACGCUUUUUCCAAGUCAAAGUGACGAGUCCAAUGUGCUUGCUCGCGAUGUUGCGGAGUGGCAGGCUUCGAAUGGGAGGUCGUUCGUCAUGUUGUGCGAUGCGGGAACCAAGUUGGAUUACGUGGAGGCAAUCAAGGAGGAACAGGACUGGGUGUGCACAGUCAGGGAGAACGUGGUUUACGUGAGCAACGACCACAAGAUGCUCGAGGAGGUGUUUGACUUCCCUCAGAAUCACGAGGCGCACCAGAACGAAGUCAAUUGCUUCCCUCAGAAUCACAAGGCGCACCAGGACGAAGUCAAUUGCUUCCAUCAGAAUCAGGAGGCGCACCAGGACGAAGUCAGUUGCUUCCAUCAGAAUCAGGAGGCGCACCAGGACGAAGUCAGUUGCUCCCAUCAGAAUCAGGAGGCGCACCAGGACGAAGUCAGUUGCUUCCAUCAGAAUCAGGAGGCGCACCAGGGGUCAAAAUUUUAUGUUGAUGAGAGUCAGCGCGGUGGGUCCUUUUUCAACCAAGAGAGUCAGCACGGUGGGUCCUUCUUGACGUCUGAUCAAGUUCAGUGGGUCGAAGAGCGAGCAAAGAUCAUGUUGGAGCAGAAGGACUACUCCCUAUGGUCCCUAGAAAAGAUCCUCAACCACUUCCCGCAGAAUAAGUUCAAACAGCGAGCCUCAGUGGACAACGGGCAGUACGUGGUUUUCGGACUUUAUGCGUAUGGCAACCAGUAUGGGCUGACAAACAGAUCAGCCGAAAUGCCGAACUUUGUCGUCUAUAUCAACGAACUUCUCAGGUUUCAAAGCAAUGGAAGGUUUCAAGAGAAGCCUACGUGGACCACCUUUGCGCUGGGGUUAAAUGCCGGAUCUCUACCUCAUCGAGAUGUCAACAACAGAACGGGCUCUCGGAACUAUGUGUUGGGACUCGGCAAAUACCAGAACGGAGAAGUUUGGGUGCAAGACGAGUCGUGCGCGAAGACGCAUAAAGUUCUACCUGGAGGAGAGAAGAUCCAAGUUCGGAAUCUGAACAUCAAGAAUAAGAUGUGUGAGUUCGACCCCAAGAAGUGGCAUGGCUCACAAAGCUGGACCGGAUGCAGGUAUGUCAUCAGUGCCUAUACCUCUAGAGGCUUCGAUGAGGUGGACGAAGCGGAGAUGAAACGGCUGAGACAGCUUGGAUUCGAGCUGCCACGAGACCGCAUCUAUGUCAUGUAUGACGGCUCAGAACGUAGAACCGAGGAGAAGUGCAGCAAAGUGUUUGUCGAGGAGUAUGAGAUGGAUGAACGUCAAGAAGACGUUCCUCGACGAGCUCAACCGCAUGCAGAUGAGAAUAUGCGUCCUACCAACGAGGAGCUCAGGCUGUUGCACAAGCUACACCAAAAUCUGGGCCACCCGGGAGCGAAAGAGCUAGCUAGAUCCUUGAAGCUAGCACGGGCAAAGCCACACAUCGUUCGCUAUAUGGCCAGAGAAUUCCGAUGUGAAGUGUGUGAGGCAAGGCCCAAGCCAAAGUCAGCCCGACCAGCAGUGUUACCAAGGUCCUACGAACCCGGCCGAGUUGUGGGAGUGGAUGUGAUCUACCUCCGAGCUCUAGAUCCUCGAGAUAGCUUCCCGUGCUUGAACAUAUGUGACUGGGGAACUGGAUACCAGAUGGUUGAGCGUCUCCGAAGCGUUGAGGCAGACCACACCUGGCGCACGUUCCUUCGAGUUUGGGGACGCACCUUUGGCAUUCCGGAAAUCAUCAUCCCAGACCUCGGAACUGAGUUCAGAGGCGUGUUUGCAGAUCAAGCCGCGCAAGCGGGAGCGCUAGUGAGACACACGGGCGCUCGUUCACCUUGGCAAGCUGGGAAGACUGAGCGAGCGGGAGCACACUACAAGGCAAUCCUGGAGAAGGCCCGCGACACGGCACAGAUAAGCUCCUGGGAAGAACUCAAGAGUCUCAUGUUGGAAGUGGAGGCAGCCAAAAACAGGUAUGGGAACCGAAGCGGAUUCUCGCCUAUGCAAAGGCAGAUUGGACAUUCGCUACGACUGCCAGGAUCUCUGCUUUCAGACGACUCCAUCGACCCAACCAUGAUUGUGCAGAGUGCCGGGGAUGAGAUGAGAAGACUGCUCGAGAUAAGACAGCAUGCUCAGGAGGCUUACAUGAAGACUCAAACAGAGAUCGCAGUCACCAAGGCCAAGAACGCGAGAACCCGCAGGCCGCUGAACUUCGUGGUGGGAGAGACGGUGUAUGUUUUUCGGCAGCCUAAGGAGAGGAAGCGGAAACAUGCCAUGACCCCAGAAAGCCACGAGAGCCGCAAACCUAUGUGGGUCGGCCCAGGGAUCGUGCUAGCGAUCGAAGGCCCCAAUUUGUGGGUUUCGAUGAAAGGCGAACUUUGGAAAGUCAGCAUAGAGCAGUGCCGCCCGGCAACGAGUGAAGAGCAAUUCGCAAAAGAAAUGUUGGCUGGAGAGCUUGAAGCGCUAGAGCUUGGACGUGCGAGCACAAAGAGGUCCUACAAGGACAUGACGGAGGACGAAGGCAAGACUGGGUACCCGAACCUCAACCACAGCGACCUCGACUGGAAGAUCCUGCUCAGGUACCAGUUCCUCCUGGAGAAGUUCCGGAUGAAGUUGAAGAGGCGCUCAGGACCCCAGCUGGACUGGAAGGAGCGCUGGAUGAGCUCAGAAUGCGUGGAUCACUGGAAAGACAGGUUUCAGUGCGAGAACCCGAGCCUCUUCCUACCACAAGUGAUGAGAAAUGAGCGCCUCGAUGGCAAUUUUCCUGGAAGCCCGCCCUACGAAGCUGCGAGAAGACUCAAUCGUUAUCGACCACAAGUUCAACGACCGUACUUCGUACAGAAGCAAGGCUUCGACGACGGCAAGGCGUGGUUCUCACUAGAUGAGAAUGGAUGGAUCUGGGAAAAAGACUGUUGGGAAGAAACGAGCAAGGAGCUGAUCGUUCGACAUCAUGUGGAACCUCGAGAUGAACUAUGUGAUCCCAACAAGGUCAAAGGAGCACUGAUGCCUAGGAGGCUCAAGUAUCGGAGCACCUAUGCCAUCGACGAGCUGGGCAACGUGCAGACCUUCCAAGACAACUGGGUGCGUGCUGGGAAGAAGAACUCCAAGGUCGGAUGCAGUUGGACUGGAGGAAAACCGCGAGGACAAGGAGAAAUCUUCGACCACGAGAUCAAGGCGGAGGACAGGCCAGGUUGGCGAGAAACAGACCUUCAAGAAUGGUCAAAAGUGGUUUCCACAGGAGCCGUUCGGGUGUUAGAUGUGAAAGAAUCAAGAGAAGUCCGAGCGAAGCUGGAAGCCGAGGGCAAGCUGGAGCGAAUCUUACCAUCCAGAAUGGUGAGAAGGAUGAAACCAGCCGAACAACCUGGCGAGCCCGAUGUGCGGAAAUCUCGUUGGUGCAUCAGAGGGGACAAGGACCCUGAUCUUCUGUCCCUUGAAAGAUUUUCUCCAACCCUGUGCUCAACCACGUUUGGAGUGCUACUUCAAGCUUGUGCUUCGAUGGGAUACGCCGCGAGUGUUGGAGACUUGAAGAAUGCAUUUUGUCAGAGCUUGCCACUAAAACGAGCUGAAGGUGCUCUCUACGCUAUGCAACCAAAGGGCGGAAUCGAGGGACUCCAUGAAGAGCAGUUGAUACAGAUCAUUGCAGGAUGCUAUGGACUUCCUGACGCUCCUAUGCAUUGGCGUCGGUCACUCAAGGAGAGCAGUCUCGCUCUCGGAUAUCGGGAAAGUGUUCUCGACCCCACUGUGUAUCUUCUUCAUGACGAGUGCAAGCUCCAAGGCGCAAUAGCGGUGGAAGUUGACGAUCUGUUCAACUUCGGAAGUGACCUCCACUACAAAAAGAUGGACGAGCUCAAGCUGAAGUACAAGUUUGGUAAAUUCGAAAUGCUUCGCGGCAACGAAAGCGGAGUGGGAUUCAACGGCCGCAGAAUCAAACAACUUGAUGACUAUGGGUUCGUCGUCGACAUGAUGAAGUUUGUCACGGAACGGUUGGAGCCGAUACAGUUCGCGAAGGGCAGAAAGAGCCGGCCGAAGGCGUUGGCGAAUGAGUCAGAGAUUGCUCAGGCCAGAGCGGUCGUCGGGAGUCUCAAUUGGGCUUCACGGGAAGGAAGACCAGAUGCCGCUGCAGCAGCCUCUUUGAGCUCAUCAAAGUUUCCCAAGCCGAUCAUCGAGGAUUUGAUCGAUAUGAAUAAAGCGGUGAAGAUGAUAAAAGCCCGUCCCGACUUGAGCAUCAAAAUCAGGCCUAUCAAGCCCGAGUGUCUCGCGUGGGGAGUCAUAACAGAUGCGUCCUUCGACAACGCGGGUGAUGGAAGGAGCCAAGGAGCUUUUGGCGUGAUCGCGUUCCAUGAGGACCUGCAGAAAGGCUUCAGAGUUCCCUGCUCCCUGAUCACAUGGAGGAGUGGGAGGAUUCAAAGAGUUGUGAACUCCACGCUUGCAGCAGAGACUCAGAGUUUGUCCAAAGGACUGGGAGAGCUUUGUUGGAUCAUGUCUGCGUAUAACGAGGUGAUGGACCCCGACUUCACGAUCGAGCAGUGGGAGUCUAGGAUUUCCAAAAACAAGGUGAUGGCCAUGGUGUCCGACGAGUCGACCAAGGACUUCAAGGAGGCUCUGUGCAUUGUGGACGCCAAGGCCCUGUACGACCACUUGUCCCGUGAAAGUGUCGGACCUUCUCAAGAUAAGCGUACAAGCCUGGAAAUUCAGGUGAUCCGACAAAACAUGAAUGCCAUCAACGGGAAGAUCAAAUGGGUGCCGCAUCCACAGAUGGCCAUUGACGGCUUGACAAAGAAGAACGCGAACAUGGACUCGCUCUACCAGCUCUUGGACACAGGAGAGUACCAGAUAGUGGAAAUGGCAAAGGCCCUGCAAGAAAAGAAAGAGGAACGAGAGCAGCGAGGAUACAAUC